UGCCGCGAACGAAAGGACUUUCUUUCACAGUCUCUCCUCUUUACUUUUUAUCCGCUCCGCUAGGGUUUCUCUUGAAGCAGAGAAGAGUCUCGCUUUUGCUCGAUUCGCUCUCCCCAUGGCGAAACCAAGCCGUGGCCGUCGUUCCCCUUCCGCCUCUGGAUCCUCGUCUCGGUCCAGUUCCAGAUCUCGUUCCCGCUCCGGCUCGAGUCGGUCCAGGUCUACUUCUUCGUCUCCUUCCCGUAGCGUCAGCUCAGGGAGUCGCAGCCCUCCUCGUCGCGGAAAAAGCUCUGCUGGUGCUCCUGCUAGUAGGCGAGGUCGCUCUCCUCCACAGUCCAAAGGAGCCGCCUCUUCACCCUCUAAGAAAGCUACACCUAUUCAGGAAUCACUUGUUCUCCAUGUUGAUUCUCUUACCAGGAAUGUUAACGAAGGCCAUCUCAAAGAAAUAUUUGGCAACUUUGGUGAAGUUGUACACGUAGAACUUGCGAUGGAUCGAUCUGUUAAUCUUCCAAAAGGAUAUGCUUAUGUUGAGUUCAAGGCAAGAUCUGAUGCUGAGAAAGCUCAGCUCUCUAUGGAUGGCGGCCAAAUUGAUGGAAAUUUUGUGAAAGCAAAGUUCACACUACCACCGCGUCAGAAAGUACCUCCACCCCCUAAACCUGUUUCUAGUGCACCAAAAAAUGAGGCUCCAAAAUCUGAUAAUGCCAGCGCUGACAUUGAGAAAGAUGGGCCCAAGCGCCCAAGAGAGGCUUCUCCACAACGCAAAGCAUCACUUUCUCCAAGAAGGCGAUCACCACUACCUAGGAGAGGCGCAUCACCUAGGAGAUUACCUGUUUCUUCUCCUCGCCGGAGGCCUGGCUCUCCUAUCCGCCGUCGCGGUGAUACACCACCUAGACGCAGGGCAGGAUCGCCAGCUAGAGGCCGUUCUCCAUCUUCUCCCCCUCCAAGACGAAAUAGAUCUCCUCCAAGGGGCUCCCCUAGAAGAAUCCGUGGCAGUCCUGUUCGAAGACGGUCUCCUCCUCCUCUAAGGCGAAGGUCACCUCCAAGGAGGCUACGCAGUCCCCUCAGAAGAUCUCCAAUCCGCAGACGUAGCCGAUCCCCAAUUCGUAGGCCUGUUCGCUCUCGUUCAAGGUCCAUCUCACCCCGCAGGGGACGAGGUCCAGCUGGGAGACGUGGGAGGUCAUCUUCUUACUCUAGUUCGCCUAGUCCCAGAAGGGUUCCUAGGAAGAUUUCAAGGAGCCGCAGUCCUAAGAGGCCACUGAGAGGAAAAAGAAGCAGCAGUAACAGCAGCAGUAGCAGCUCACCGCCUCCUCGCAAAACAUAAUGUAAUAAGAAUGUACUGAAGUCUUUUAGCUUGUCUUUAUUCAUCAAGCCUCGGCAGAACUUUUACCAGUAACCAAAUGAGAGUUGUGGCUAGUGUUGGAUGUUCAAAGAUGCUUUUGUGCAAGUCGUGUGAUUUGGAUUUCGGUAGUAUUAUUUAAUGAGUUGUGACGAUAGACUAUUUUAUU